AUGCUACAAAGACCCCCCACAGAUCGACCGGUCGAGUUGCAUUUGGUGGUCCAAAGGAGUACAGAGCCAAUGAAAGGCGGAAGAACGCCGGAGCCGGUUGGCACUAAGGGCUUGGAUGGAUUUUCGACCGGUCAAAGAGUAACCGAUGGAGGUUUGGGUAAUUUGACGGGAAAUUUGAGGAAUUCAGAAGCCGGAGCCAGGAAUGUGGAUUCUGUUUUGGCUUCUACAAGACCUUCUGACUCUGCUUUUGGGCCUUCAAGGGCUUCGGAAUCCAUUUUGUCACCGUCACGCGCUUCAGAAGCGAUCAAAGCCAGCCAAAGCUCAGAGCCAUUAAAGUCUAGUCUAAAACCUGGAAUUUCUUCAACCUACCCAUCUUCAACUGAUCCAAAGACCAUCAAAAAUUCAACAUCAACCUUUACCUCAAAAGAUCCGAAAUCAACAUCCACGAUCACUGAUGGUACCACGGACUACGUUGAAUUAACCAGGGACAACAACAACUCCCUAGGCCUAUCAAUAGUAGGUGGAGUCGACCACUGCUCCCAUCCAUUUGGCAUCGACCGACCAGGAGUUUUCAUCAGCAAAAUCAGUCGAAACUCCCAGGCCAGCCAAAUACCACGCCUAAGGGUGGGCGAUAGGAUCUUAUCAGUGAAUGGCCACGAUCUCACCAAAGCCAAGCAUUCAGAAGCCGUUCAAACCCUAAAAAGUAGUGGCAAAACCUUGAAACUAGGCCUCUGUCACGACCCACAGCCUCGAGGCCUCAUAGAGAUCUACUUCAAUCGACGAAAAGGCGAACAGAUUGGACUAGCCAUCUUUGGCGGUAUCAAUUGCCCACCAGCCAACCCAACCGACCCCACCGACGAGGGCGUGUUUAUUGAGCGUGUGGAGCCGGGAAGCUGUGUUGCGGAUGUGGAUGGACUAGCCAGAGGAGUGCGAAUCAUCGAAGUCAACGAUGAAUCCCUUCUGGGCUGCACCAAGAGCGAGGCCGCCCAAAUUCUGCGCAAAACAGAAGGCCUAGUCCGGUUGCUGGUCUGCGAUGGGUUUAACUCAAGUGAUUCGGUAAGGGUUUUGGUGGUUUUUGAUGGUUUUUUGGGUAAUAUUGAUGUGAUUAGAUACUAAUUUUGGUUGUAUUUAUGGGUAUAGGUAUUAGUCAUGGUAGUACUAGUAUGAUGAUGUACUGUUUUUGAUAGUACUAGUACUAUAAGGUACUGUUCUUGACAGUAAAAGUAACAUUGUGCACUGAGCUUCAUGCGAGGAGGUACUGUGCUUGAUAGUACAAUAAGUUUCUUGAAUUUCAAUUUUUUUUAUUUUAGCUUUCAUUUUUUUUUUUUUUUCGAUUUUUUGUGUUUUAUGUUCGUAUUUUUAGCAUUCACUGGUCAAUACCAACGAAUAUAUUAACAUUGAUUUCUUAUUAACGUAACAAACUUUGUUUCACAUGCUAACAUGUCCGUUUUACAGCUUUUCAGCUUGAAAUCUUUUCAAAAAGUGAUUUUUUAUGGCCUACUAGACUAGAAUUUCCAGAAUAUGAUUUUUAAAGCCUAUAAGCCUAAAAUAUCAACAAAAAAAAAGCUUCUGAAGCUGAGACCCGGGUUUUGAUUGAGAUUUAGAUAAAGUAAACCACACAACAUUUUUUGCCAACGUAUUUGAUCUAAAACAAUAUUUUCGAAUCCAUAUUAACACCCAAAACUAGCCUCCGCUCUAUUCCAGACUAAAACCUCGGAUCCGCGCGCUGAAUCCUCAUUCGCCUCCUCCUCAAUUACUUUGCCUUCGAUUUCCGACCAACACACCUCCCACUCGACUUUGCCUAUGUUUAACGAAACCCCAGCACACCGCUCCUCCUCAGGCAUCGGCUCAAUGACCCCGGAACGUCCCAAGGUCCCGGUCAGGAGUGGGGAUUCACGCCUUUCCACCCCUUUCAGUGUCACACCCACACCGAAUGUAAGUGCGGUUUUUAGUUUGGCGGAUAUUAUUUUAGAGGUAUAGGCAUUAUUUGGUGUUUUAUAUGCUUCAAUCAAUAAAUAAAGAUGUUUUAGAUCAUUUUUAGUUAUGUUUUUAUAAGAAAAUAACUGAUUUCCCUAUUUUUUCACAAUUUUUUAUAUUCACCAUGAUAUGAAGCCACUUUUAGCUCCAAAUACUUAUUAAAAUUAGAUCGAAACACACUUCAAUUCAUAGUCAAAAGUUUUAUAAUUAUAAAUAAUAUGGUCGAGUUAUUUUAUGCUUAAAUUGCUCUUUACAGAAUGUCACAACCUUCCCAUCAGUCAAAACUCCAGUGAACGGAGACAAAGUCGAUUCCCCUGAACAUACCACCUUCGCAUCCAAGCUUCAACGAUUGGAAAAUGCAUCAAAACUACAUUCUAUUUAUCCACAACCAGGUGCAACCAAAGUCGGAGGACUUCUGGUUUCAGCGAGCAGCUUGGAAAACAACAAUAAUGAGGAAAAGGAUGGGUAAGAUAAUAUUGAAUAAAUAUUGGGUAAUAUCAAAGUUUUAACGGGUAAAUAUGGACUUGAAAGAUGGAGAAGAAUUUGGUUUAGGUAUAUAAUUGAUUUAGGUAUAUAAUUGAAUGAAGGAAGAUGGUUUUCCUUAACUGCUAUUACAUUUUUCGACAUCAACACCUAAAAACAGAACACAAUAAAUAAAAAGACUUACCACAACAUCAUUUCUGAAGACUGUCUUUAGAAAAUUGAUUUUAGACCUAAAACAAUAUAUAUAAUCAAUUUCAGGCCAAAAACCCGAAACAUUCCGAUCACCGUAAAGAAUGAAACAUCAAAAGACGGAAAGUACAUCAAUAUCCAGCCGGAAUGGGCAAAAACCAAGCUGACCAGUCUGGAUAACGAGCCGAUGAGAGCUGAAAUAAUAAUGAAUCGAUCUAAAAUCAAUGUUGGACAAGAUGAAAACAAACCAUUGAACACGAACGGGAAUGGCCUGGACAAACAUAAGGUAGGCGGCUUUUCAUGAUAAAAAUAUGGGAAAUUGAGGUUAAUAUUAGGCAAAACAAUCAUUUAUGGUGUGUGUGGGUGCAAAAUAGUAAUAAUAUUAUCUGGAAUGUCAAUGUUUACACCUUGGCCGUGCUUUCGAAAGUAAAGAGCUAAUUUUGGGAGCACAACUCGCGUCCGUUAACAAUUGCGUUGCUGCAGGCUGCGCGAUUAUUUUAUACGAAAGGAAAAACGGAAAUAUACGAAACUGGUCCAGAAAGGUAAAAAACGUUAAAUAAACCAUCUGGAAUUAAAAUUAAGCGUGUUUUAUUAAAAGAAACGAUAGUAAAUAGAAAAAACUAUAAUAACCUACUACAAUAUCACAAGAUAAUGCUUUAUAGCUAACUAUAGCUAUCUCAGUGCUUUUAUAAACCUGAACUAGUACAAUCGGGUUAAUAAUCAAUAUAAAAAGCAAUUUUAAGCCAAUUACCACAAUAUAAUUAUAUAUAACAACACACUUACACACUUGAUUACAGGAGAGAUCAGUUGAUAUCAAGUUUGCGGAUGAAAUGUAA